AUGGACCGCAAUACCUCCACCAGGAAUACUAGCACCAAUAGCCAUGGCACCAACAACUCGUCCGCUGCACUACCAGACCUGGCCACAUACCAAGCCCAAUGGGCCAAAAUCCAUGACGAUACCGUUCGCCAGAUUAACGAAGCCAGAGAACAAGAAAGGAGACGCACAGCCACCCGGUCCCAGCAAUCCCCAUCAAGCUAG